GAGCAGCAAAGCGCAAGGUGCUCGCAGCAGCCGCUGCCUCCCGCACCCUGAAGCUGGCAGCAGGACCUGGCACGAGCUUUGCCACCUGCCCGUGUCCGUGGGAGCUCGCUGGUGCCCAGUGAGCUCAGCCUGCCCUGCCCUGCCCUGCCCUGGGACGCGUCCGAGCUGAGCUGCACCGUCCAGCCAUGCUGCGCUUCCUCUGGGACAGCAUCUCCUUCCAGAUGCUCCUCAUCUUCCUCACUGUCUUCCUGCUCGUUGCUGACUACCUGAAGCGCAGAAAGCCCAAGAACUACCCUCCCAGCCCCCUCGCCCUCCCCUUCAUCGGGCACCUCUACCUGAUGGACUUCAAAGAUCCUAUAAAGACGGUGCAGAAGCUUACAGAAAAAUGCGGUGAUGUCUUCAGCACCCAGGUGGGUGGCACAGCCUUUGUGUUCGUAAGUGGGCAGCAGCUGAUCAAGGAAGUACUUGUUAAUCAAGGAGAAACAUUCAUGGAUCGCCCUGAUAUCCCUUUGGACAAAGAGAUCUUCAGCAGUAAGGGGCUGCUCUCGUCCAAUGGGCUCUUGUGGAAGCAGCAGAGGAGGUUCACCUUGAGCACCCUUCGGGACUUUGGACUGGGCAAGAGGAGCCUGGAGGAGCGCAUCCAGGAGGAGUGUCAGUGCCUUGUGGAUGCGUUUGCAGAGGAGCAGGGCAACCCUUUCAAUCCUCGAGUUCUGCUCACCAAUGCUGUUUCAAAUAUCAUCUGCUCCAUCACCUUUGGCAACCGCUUUGACUACCACGAUGAGGACUUCCAAAAGUUGCUGCAGCUGCUGGAGGAGACAGUGAGGCUGCAUGGGACUAUAGCGAGCCAGCUGUACCCAUCUUUCCCAACUGUGAUGAAAUUCUUGCCUGGAUCCCACCAAACCAUUUUAAAAAACUGGAAGGUGAUGAGAAGUUUUGUGGUGGAGAAGAUUGACAGACACAAGGAGGACUGGAACCCCUCGGAGAGCCGGGACUACAUUGACAGCUACCUGCAGGAGAUGGCCAAGCUUUUUGUGAAGGGUGACAGCAGCAACAGCUUCCAGGAGGAAAACCUGGUGGCAUGCGUGCUGGACCUGCUGUUUGCCGGGACCGAGACCACUGCCACCACCCUGCGCUGGGCUCUGCUCUACAUGGCCAUCCACCCAGAAAUCCAAGCCCGCGUGCAGGCCGAGAUUGACCUGGUGAUGGGGCAGGUGAGGCAGCCAGCCCUGGAGGACAGGGACAAAAUGCCCUACACCAAUGCUGUCAUCCACGAAGUGCAGAGGAUGGGCAACAUCAUCCCCUUCAAUGUGCCAAGAGCUGCAGCCAGGGACACGGUCGUGGGCGGCUACACCAUACCCAAGGGGACUUUUACCAUGGUAAAUUUAAGCUCUCUGAUGUUUGACAAGAACGAGUGGGAAACCCCACACUCUUUUAACCCUGGGCACUUCCUGAAGGAUGGUCAGUUCCAGAGAAAGGAGCUUUUCAUACCCUUCUCUGUGGUGUAGCAGCAAUUUAGAUCUUCAGGUUUCUCAAGUGUGAAGGUGAUGCAGCAGCUUUGCUUUGGCACAUCUGACAUUACUGCAGUAGCUCUGUUAUACCUCUGUGCUGUGUCUUUAGCACUGGACAAUCCCGGUGGCCACAACUAACCAAUGUCUCCAGAGCAGAGAAAAUGAACUUAAAUCAUCCCCAGGAGUGCAAGGUGGCUGCUGAUGACUGCAGCUGCAGCAGGUGCACAUGGUGCAACACCAAUAGGCUGCUGGGCACAGCCCAGCUUCUUUGAGGAGAAAACACAAGACACAGGUGAAGAUUCAGCACUGAAAGCUCAACCCAGGGGUGUCCUGGUGUAACGCAGCCUGCUCCAGCAGGAAAACCUUCCACACAAGCCCGGGGGUGAAAAGGAGAGCUAAGAAACCCAAAGCCUGUGUGUUGAGAGGUAGAAGAGUUCACUGGGAUCAUACAGUGUGCGGUUGUACGACAGGGAACUGUUGGGCACAGGGGCAGAAGCAGCGGCGGAAGGCAGCAGUGAGGUAGCCCCCACUGCCCCCCCACCCCCAACCCUCCCAAGCCUACAGAUAGGCCAGCGGGGAGAAAAGAGACCAACAUCGCAAACCGAGACGCUGG